CACACCAUCAGCUUUGCUCGAAGCAUGUCCAUUGCCAUGAGCCUCUUUGUGCUCAUCUUCUUCCACACAACAAACAUGUCCGGCCUCGCCAUGAUCCAAGGCUCCCUCGCCGCAGACCUCCACUCCCCCUCCCAGACAAUGUGGUUCACCACCAGCUACCUCAUCGCCAGCUCCUCCCUGACGCCCCUCGCCGGCAGCCUCGCCACCACCUUCUCCCCGCGCGCCAUCGUCCUGCCCACCGCGGUGCUCUUCUCGCUCGGCAGCCUGCUGGCUUCUCGCGCGCAUUCCUUUGCCGCUUUCAUGGCGGGCAGGGUCGUCAUGGGCUGCGGCGGCGCGGGCGUCGUCGUCAUGUCGGUGGUGUUUGUGAUUGAGCUGGCGGGCAAGAGGAGGAGGGGCGUCAUGAUUGGGGUUGUGAACACGGCGUAUACGAUGGGCGUUUCGGUGGGGGCGGCGGUUUAUGGCGUGUUGCAGCCGGUGAUUGGAUGGAGACCGCUCUUCUGGCUGCAAUCUGUGAUGCUCCUCCUGGCCGGCUUGGGACUCUAUCUCAGCUUGCCAACGUCCAUGUCCUCUGCCUCUGAACAGAAUGGACAGAAACCCAUCUCCAUAAGACAGAAGCUCGCCAACAUAGACUACCUCGGCGCAGUCCUCCUCAUCACCACCAUCGUCCUCUUCCUCUCCUCCCUCGCAGGCGACAUCCACCUCACCCCCCUCCUCCUCUCCCUGCUCUCCCUCCUCGCCUUCAUCCUUGUCGAAUUCACCCUCACGUCCCACCCCAUCAUCCCCCUCUCCGUCCUCUCCUCGCGCGGCAUCCUCCUCUCCUGCCUCUCCCAGCUGGGCCUCCUCACCGGCCGCAUGAGCAUCAUCUUCUACACGCCAAUCUUCAUGCUCGCCGUGCGCGGCAGCUCCGCCGCCACCGCGGGCUCCGUCCUCAUCGCCAGCAACGUCGCGCUCUCCCUCGGCGGCCUGCUCAUCGGCUGGCUGCACAUUCGGCGCGCGGGGUCCUACUACGCCUCGCUGCUCGUGUCCAUCUUGUGCCUCGACGUGACGUUUUACGCGCUGGCCGAGCUGUCGCGCCCAUAUACGCCGUCGUACGUCUUUGUCGCCACCGUCUGCUUCAGCGGCUUCGUGACGGGCAUCGUCAUCAACUACGCGCUCGUGCACAUCCUGCAUCUAAGCCACGCAAACACAGAGUACGUCACCACCAGCCUUUUCGCCACCUUUCGCGGCUUCGGCGCCAGUUUCGGCACGUCCCUCGGCGGAGGCAUCUUCUACCGCAUCCUGCGGUCCGAUCUCGUCGCGGGGUUUCUCGCCCUCGACGGGACGGCUGAGCUUGGCCCGGCGAGGAGGCGGCUCGUGGAUAGACUGCUCGAGUCUCCGGAACUUGUCUGGCACGGCGGCGAGCUGUUGAGGCUGGAGCCGCAGGAGAGACAGAUUGCCGUGGAGGGAUACGCAGAUGCCAUCAGGGGCGUGUGGCGAGCUGCCGCGGUGUUGGGAGUGUUUGUUGUUGCGGUGCAGGCUGCGGCUGGAUGGACGUCUCCUAGAGAGG